AUGGCUGCAGUGAAAUUUACCUGGCAUAAUCAUCUUAAGCGCAUUGGCUCAUUUUUCAUAGGUACAAGUCCGGAAUUUGAUCUAGCUCUUUACACUCUCUGCUUUCUCACACGUCAAUCACGUAACACUUGCAAGUUUCAACUGGAUGAAUGUCCAUUCGUUGUUACUAGUUAUAACUUUAUGCAACAAGGCAAAAAUUUUGUCGGAACAAUUUAUCCAGUUUCUGGCCCACUUACUGACAAAUGCCGUCGGUAUAACAGUCAAUAA